AUGGUGCGCGCCGCCGCCCCUCCGGUCCGUCCGACUGGGGCAAGCAACAUCAUCAAGAGCUCCGACGGCGAGGCACAUAGUUCCGCCUCUGCCCUCUUCGUCCCCUCGUCCCUCCGUGGCAUGAAGCUAGCGCUCCGCCGCAUCCCCCAUCGCAUCCCGACGCUUUCCGCGCACCACCACCACCAGCAGAACCACCACACCUCGGCUGCGCACCGCACGAACCCGACCGCUCCUCCUCCGAGCCGUCUCUCCGUCCAGAGCCGAACCCCAGGCACGCGGACGCACAGCCAGCCGCUCGCCGCGCGCUCCUGCUUCUCGACAUCGACGACACGGCAUACCAGCCCGCAACAGACCGUCACCAUGGCGAACCGCGUCCACCGCGUCACCAUGUUCAAGCUGCCGAACAAGGACCACCAGGAGAAGCUCCUCGCCGCCUACAGGACGCUGUCCGCCGAGCAGAAGAAGGACGGCGCCCCCUACAUCCUCUCCCUCGUCGUCGGCCCCGCGCUCGCCGACCCCCGCUCCAAGGGCUACACCAUUGUGGCCAAGACGGAGUUUGCGAGCCUCGCCGACAUGCGCUGGUACGACGACGAGUGCCCCGCGCACGCCAAGCUCAAGGCCCUCGUGCCCGAGUUUGGCCUCAACCCGCCCGAGGACAUCAUGUCCAUCUACUUUGAGCCGGGGCACGUGGCCGUCUUGUAG